AUGCCUUCCACACACAAAAAAGAGAAACCGUGGGAUACGGACGACAUCGACAAAUGGAAGAUCGAGCCGAUGGCCAAGGAGGAAUCGUCGGGGCCGUUUCUGGAGGAGUCGUCGUUCAUGACCCUGUUUCCGAAAUACCGCGAGCGCUACCUCCGAGACUCGUGGCCCCUGGUUACCAAAUCUCUUGACAAACACGGCAUCACUGCGGUGCUGGAUCUUGUGGAGGGUUCCAUGACGGUAAAGACGACAAGAAAGACGUACGACCCUGCAGCCAUUCUGAAUGCACGAGACUUGAUUAAGCUCCUGGCGCGAUCAGUUCCCGCGCCGCAAGCCAUAAAGAUUCUCGAGGACGGAAUGGCGUGUGACAUCAUCAAGAUUCGGAGCAUGGUCCGGAAUAAGGAGCGCUUCGUCAAGCGCCGACAACGGAUAUUGGGACAGGACGGCACAACUCUGAAAGCGCUUGAACUCCUCACCCAGACGUACAUCCUAGUACACGGAAACACUGUCUCGGUUAUGGGACCGUGGAAGGGGCUGAAGGAGGUCAGACGAGUGGUUGAAGAUACGAUGCAGAACACACAUCCAAUCUACCUGAUCAAGGAAUUGAUGAUUAAACGAGAGUUGGCGAAAGACCCAGCACUCGCCAACGAAGACUGGAGCCGGUACCUACCAAAUUUCAAGAAGAGGACGCUCUCCAAGCGGCGGCAGCCUUUCAAGGUGGCGGACAAGAGCAAGAAGACAUACACGCCAUUCCCGCCAGCGCCCGAGAAGAGCAAGGUCGACAUGCAGAUCGAGAGCGGAGAGUACUUCCUCGGGAGGCAAGCCAAGCAACGCGCGGCCGAGAGAGAUCGGGCCGAGAAGGCGAAAGAGAAGAAGGAUGAAAAGAAGCGGGAGCGAGAGAGCGAGUUUGUGCCGCCCGAAGAGGGGGCGGUGAAGGCUAAGAAGAGAAAGGCGGCGCACGAGUGA